AUGGAUCCAGAAAGAGAUUUAGAUAAAGUUGGCGCUCAUUGUGCAUUAAAGGAUUGUAAUAGUUUAGAUUUUUUACCAAAUGUAUGUGAAGGAUGUAAAAAACUAUUUUGUUUAGAUCAUGCAAAAGUUCAAGAUCAUGCAUGCCCUACACCACCUGUAAAAAUUGGUGGAGUUACAAUAACAUGUCAUUUAUGUGACUCUAUUUUACCAGUACCAGCAGGUUCAUAUGAAAACGAUGUUUUAUCAGCACACACAAAAAAAGGUUGUCCAAAGAAAGCAAGUAUAGCACAGCACAAAUGUACAUUCUGUCCCAAAAUGGAAGCUAUUAAAAUAGUGUGUCCAAACUGCAAAAAUAAUUUUUGUUUAAAACAUAGAUUAGAGCGUGAUCAUAAUUGCAAGAAAAGGGUUAACCCUCCUCUUCAACAAACCAUUCCUCCUCAUUUACAAAAUUUAUUAAAUCAACUUAGAAAUUCAAAACCGGUCAAAACAAAUUCAUAAACUAAUAUACAUAAACACUGUACAAUAUAGCGCUCUUUUUUUUUUUUAUAAAUUUAAAUAUAUUUUAAUAAACUAUUUACCUUAUUUUAUUUUAUUU